AGACUCAAGCAUUCGUGUGCCACGGACGCGUACCUCGAUCACGUGGUCGUUCACUUACACUGGCACUCACUGGCACGGUGAAGUCUGGGUAUCGUCACUCCUCAACCACCAUCUUCGUCUCGCAGGGUCCCCUCAUCAGACCCCGUCAUGCUUCGAGGCAGCAGAACAUUCAAAUUCCCCAACGCGGCUCGGAACCUGCACAGUCAAGUAUCCGCUCCGGUCAAAAGCAGGGCGCGCGCUGUGCUAGUGGCCUCUACUGCUGCUGCGUCUGCUGGGAUUGUCUGGUAUUCGACUCGGGGGACAGUCCACAAUGACGCACCACCGCCGACUGCUAUCUCUGGCAGCCAGGAAAAGGCUGCUUCGUCUUCCUUGACGUUCCCGAAAAGCGAAGAUAAAUUGGAGACACUUGUAUGGGGUUCUAACAAAUCACAUACUCUGUCAAUUGAUGCAGAAUCCCCCGAUUCCAUUCGCGCACCGGCAGUAGCAGCUUGGCUCGAAAAUGUCGCGCUACGCGAGCUAGCGUUGCACGAACGACACGCCGCUUGCGUCGACGCGCGGGGAGACGUGUACCAGUGGGGUAGCGGUUUCGAAGAUCGCCCCGGGUCUUCGUCGGGACAACCGACCCGUACAUUGCGAGGAAAGAACAUCGUCCGCUUGCAACUUACGCCGACGCGCGUAUAUGCACUCUCUGCAUCCGGACGCAUAUAUGUUCUCUCCUCUUCGUCCGGCCAGCAGGUGCUCCGACCUGGCGCGCCGACGCCGGCGAGCUCCCCGUGGUGGGGUACAGGUUGGCUGUGGGGCGAGGAGGAGGACAGAGAUUUUGCAGAGAUCGUCCCGGACGUCAAGCUGAGCUGGGGAGAAAAGUUUGUCGCCAUCGCGGCAGGUUCUGACCAUUUGCUCGCACUUACGUCCUCUGGGCGCACGUUCGCUCAUCCGGUAACGCUCAAGGCGAACACGCACGGACAACUUGGGUUCCGGAAGUUCGACAUCCCUGCGCCUGCCUCUGCGGAGCACUCAUUCGGCCACGCGCGUCUCCCGGUCGAGCUGACCCCGAAAAGCAUCGCAGACCCAUAUGCGAAGUCAACGCCUUCCAUCCGACAAGCACCCUCUUCCAAUGAAGUGAAAGACGCGAACACAGAGCUCCUCGCGAGCCUCGACGACAAGAGUAUCCGGUUUUCAGACAAGCUAUCCGAAGUGCCUGCGCUGCGGGGCAUCCACGUUGACGGGAUUGCAGCGGGUUCGCGGAAUAGCUUCGCGAAGACCACAGAUGGACGAGUGCUUGGAUGGGGCGCCAAUGAGUUUGGGCAGAUCGGUCUGGGCAGGGAGGUGACGCUCGACAGCAUCACAGUGCCGACGGAGGUGAUCCUCUGGCGUUCAACACCAGCGGGCAUGCGCACGACGUGCUUGGAUGUGUACGCUGGUGGCGAUCUGACGUUGUUCAAGGUCGAGAGAGUGGACGGCAGUGCGCUGCCGUACAUCGACGUGCUCGCAUGCGGAAACGGCCAGUUCGGCGGCCUGGGGAACGCGCAAUUUAGCAACGCACAGGGCACCCCAGUCCGCACACGCAACGUGAGCGGGCUGCUCGAAUACAGCGAGAAGCACAACAACCUGCAGCCGAUCAUGCCGCACGAUAUUUCAGUCUCGCCGACAGGACAUGUCCUCCUCACGCUGGACACGCUCGCGCGCGGCGGGCCCGGGGCGACUGGGCGCGACCUGCUCUCGUGGGGCGCGAACUAUGAGUACCAGCUUGGGAACGGGAAACGUGGAAGUAGCGCAUCUCCGACGGCGCUGCAGGGCGCAGACGGUGCGCGGUUCAUGCUUGCGCGGAAGAAGGCGAACGAGGUCAGGGACCUCCAGGGGAAGGUAUGGAAGAGGGGCGUCGAGGUUGAGCAGACGGCGCUGGCGGGCUGGGGGAAUAGUGUGGUGUACUGGAAGAUUCGUUCAUGAGGGUUCGUUCAGAGAUC